AUUUGUAUUUAACAAAGGUAAAAAAUGCUUUUUUUAAGUAACAGGGAUUCUUUAACUUUGGAAAGAUCUAAAAAGCCAAAUGCUCUGGAUGUUAGUUGUCCCGAUCCUUCUUUUUCUGCCCUAUGGGGUGUGGACUUAUGAAGCCCCGGAGGAUAAGCAGGAUGUUUUUGCUGUCAAAGCCUGUCCAGCAUUUCUGACCUUUGUGAAUGUUGCCUAUUUAGCUGGAGCCACUGUGGAGCUGCUCUGCCACUGCAAGCCUCCGGAGGUCCAGUAUGUUGUGUGGUUCUUUAGGAAGCAUCGGGCCAGCUCCACAGAGACCAGAGCCCUCACGGAUCACCAUGGCAACAGGCUGCAGGAUACGAGCGAGGUCCUUCACAGCAGUGACCUGCGGAGCCGAUUCUCAAUCAGGCUGUUCAGCCUGCUGGUCUUCAGAGCCGGGCCCCUCGACUCGGGCGUCUAUAUCUGUGGCUCUGCUCACAGAGACUUCUUCUUUGGUUUUGACCUGGACAUCCAGGAAGUUCACACUCUCACUUUUACUCCAAGGCUAAGUCUGCAAAAUCUUAAGAAGAAAAGCCAAGAGGAGACGGCAAACAGCCAUCCUCUCUACAAGGUCUUUACCAGCUUCCAGCCCUGGUCUCAGUGCGAUCGCUGCGGCGUUGAAGGGGAGCAGGUCCGCAUAGGACUCUGCUUCGUCCACUCCCACAUCCUGCAUGUGCGCUACAGGUGGACCAACCAGUCAGUGGCGUCCUGUGGUUCUGAGGCAGUUCCAAGAGCUUUUACCCAACUCAAGCAACGCAAAGUUGGUCCAAAGAUGGAGGUCAAAAGCUGUCAAGUGGCUUGUCCAACUGAAGCUCCUCCCCCUUCCAAAGUAAUGGCUUUUACUGCUUUUCUUGGGUACAGUUCUGCCUCCCAGGUGGCACAGAUUAAGGUGUUCCACCUGAACCACCCAGCAGACACGGUCCUCACCCUUGGAUGUCCCGGGGCUCAUUCUGACAUGGCUGUGGCCUGGGAUCAAGAAUCUACACCCAUCUAUCGGUUCCAUCACCCAUCAGCCGGUAACAUCAGGGCCACGUCUGCCAGACUGCUGAUAGAUACGGGGCACCACCUUGUGUUCCAGCCUGCAAAGACACAGGAUUCAGGUGUGUACCACUGCUGGCUCCAGGGUCGUCGCGUCGCUGAGAUCCAUCUGCUGGUGUACGCUCACUUGGGCCGUGGAAAGUCUGUGCUGUCGGAUCCUGAGCUCCCAGCAGCUGCUGAGUUUGUCCUCAAGUCUUAUGCUGUCAUGACAGCGUUGUUUCUCCUGCUGCUGUUCUGCAGAACUGCAUUCAGACUGAUAAAGGACAGCACAGCUCAUCACGUGGAUUAAACUCAGCUCCGUGCGCUGCCA